AUGACACCAACCAGAAAGAAGAAUGGCAUCGCCAUUGAGGCAAUGUAUACAGCAUCAUAUGUUGCUGGUUCGGAUGUGGCCAAGAUUGGUUCUAUUGCGUUGGAUUCUGAAUCUCUUUGUUCGCAUCUCCGUGAUUCUGACCUGUCUCUUCCUGCUCCUAUACGUCUCACUGAGCAGACAUUUACAAGGCACUUGUCAAAUAAACCAAAGUACCAGCAUCUCCCUGAUCGCCAUUAUAACUAUAGCGAGGCAAAGUACGUAGAGCUGUCCUCCCUGCUCGCCAAUACACCCUUGUUGACAGCCCUCUUUAAGCAUAUUUCUACAUACGCUACCUACUAUCUACUCCACAUCCAAUACAAUUUUGUAUCAGAGAGCAGAGAAAGAAAAGUAGAAACAGACGCUUGUUUCGCCCAUCAUUCCUCUCUACUCACCGCACACAAGGACUCCCUCUCCCUUCACCCAAGGAGGACGAACACCAAAGGGCCGUUCUCACAUCUCACCAGCUCCGUCUAA